AUGACGAUCGGUCUCGACGACUCGGCGAUACAUAACUCAUUGUGGAAUCGGGGGGCCAGCAAGUCUAAGGCGUCGGACUUCCUAGAAGCCUCGCAAGACGAUCACAUACUUCUAUCCGACCCCAUACAGAGCGACCUAAAAGUCCGCUUUCCAAUUCUAUUGCUUGAAGGUCAAGGGUUUGCUGCGGGAACAAAUAUUUACACGGCAGAGAAUCAAACCGCUGUGGCUGGAAGUUGCAUGGUCAAUCUUCUCCAACGACUAACCGAUCCCUACAAUGAGAUCGUCCCCAAGGGAGAACCCAAGAAGAUCGGACCUCUCGCCUUUUCCGUAUGUACGCAGGGAACCUUGAUCGAAUUUUAUGUCCACUACUCAGUGGAGGAGGAGAACAUUACCCACUACCACAUGAAGCUCUUGAUGGUAGUUCACGCAUCCUUUCCCAACGGGGUACGCAAGUUCCUUCUCAUGGUGGAAAAGUUUUUCAGCUGGUGA